CAACAGCAACUUCUUGAAUCAUCGCCCUAAUUUUUUCCAUCUUCCUCCUUACACUACUGACUACCCACUAUUCUCUCUCCCCCUUCAAAUUAGAUUAUCCCCAAUUUUCAAACCCUAAUUUCCCAAACCCUAAAUUAAUCCCACACUAUUCUUAACCACAUUCAAUAGUUCCUGCAAUUCAAAUUCAGGCGAUGUCGACGGUACCUUCAUCGUCAUCUGCGUCAAUUUCUUCGCAGUUUACAUACUCAAACGGAUCGUAUUUUCCGACGCCGUUUCAUCUCCAACAAACUCAAUACGCUGCGCCGCCGCAACCGCCGCUUCCUGCCGCCGUCCCCGUCAUUCCUACGGCUGCUCCCGUCGUCCCUUCAGCGUAUCCUGCCGCACCUGGGGUUUAUACGCUCUCCCAAUUUCAGCAGGCACAUCAGCUAUUUCAAAAGGAUGCACAAACUAUCACUCCUGAAGCUCUAGAGAGUGUCAAAGCAGCUCUUGCAAGCAGUGACAUUGAACAUAAAGCGGAAACAAAGAAGAAAGCAGUGCCUCGUAGAGCAGCUGGUCAGGCAUGGGAGGAUCCAACACUUGCCGAAUGGCCAGAAAAUGACUAUCGCCUAUUUUGUGGUGACCUUGGAAAUGAGGUGAAUGAUGAUGUCUUAUCGAAAGCAUUUUCACGCUUUCCUUCCUUUAACAUGGCCAAAGUGGUUAGAGAUAAACGGACUGGUAAGACUAAGGGUUAUGGAUUUGUGAGCUUUGCCAACCCGACGGAUCUUGCUGCCGCUCUAAAAGAAAUGAAUGGUAAAUAUGUUGGAAACCGGCCAAUUAAACUACGCAAAAGCAACUGGAAGGAGAGAAUAGACCAGGAGGCUUUGGAAAGGCAAAAGCACCAAUCCUACAAGAAGCCUAAGCUGGCUAAGAAGAGUGUAUUGCACAAGUGACUACAAGCAGUAUUUUGAUGUAACAACUGGUGUCAAUUGAAAUUUGAGGAACCCUUAUGUUCCUAUGAUUGGUUGGAUAUGAGAAUAACAGCUGGUCGAUGGAUACUAAAAGAAUAGCAAGAUUCCUGUAUUUUGUAUCCUAGUUUAUUUGAAUGUAUAUGUUAUGGAUCUUGCAUUUGAAAUGAUAUAGAAAUUGCCUGUUACGCUGAUUGUCUGAUUGACUCCUACAAUUCAGUCUGAACUUUAAAGUUCUAUUGUCAAUGCUAAUACUAUGCUUGAAUAUUGUAGAAUAUCAUUUUCUUGUCUGCCACUCAAUAGUAAUAACAUUUACAAUAAUUGAAAGACCAUUCUAACA